GAGCUGCUGUUAAAGCACAGUAGAAGAAGAAGGAGGAGCAAAGAUGGCGGCAGCUAGCUCAGCGUUACGGGUGGAUCUUCUUCCUUCAGACCCGCUGUUGCACGUCUUCUCCUUCCUGGACUUCAGAGACCUGGUCCACUGCAGUUAUGUGAGCAGGAGGUUGAACGAACUCUCCAAACACAACCUGCUGUGGAAGUUCCUCUGCUGCAAACACUGGCUGCUAACAGAUGCGGACCGUGUGCAGAGCGGCGUGUCCUGGUUCCGUCUGUUCAAACAGAACUACAAAGACCUGGGACGCUACAUCCAGCACUACGCCACGCUGAGGCAGGCGUGGGAGGAGCUUAAGAGCUUCCUGCAGCAGCGGUGUCCGCGAAUGAUCGCGUCGCUCAAAGAGGGCACCACAGAGGUGGAGUUGAACACCAUGGAGGCACAGAUUGGCUGCAGACUUCCAGACGACUAUCGCUGCUCGUAUCGCAUCCACAACGGACAGAAGCUUGUCAUCCCAGGGCUGAUGGGAAGCAUGUCCUUGUCCAACCACUACCGCUCUGAGGUGCUGCUGGACGUGGAGACGGCGGCGGGCGGGUUCCAGCAGAGGAAAGGCAUGAGGCACUGCCUGCCGCUCACCUUCUGCUUCCACACCGGCCUGAGCCAGUAUGUGGCGCUGCAGCCCGCAGAGGGACGCAGGAAGUUCGAGAGCUUCUACCCUUGCCCUGAUCAGACGGCUCAGGAUCCUUCAGCCAUCGACAUGUUCAUCACAGGUUCCUGUUUCCUGGAGUGGUUCACCACCUACGUUCACAACGUGGUCACAGGAGAAUAUCCGAUCAUCAGAGACCAGAUCUUCAGGUACGUUCACGACAGCGGUUGCGUGGCGACCACCGGCGACAUCACCGUCUCCGUGUCCACCUCCUUCCUGCCAGAGCUCUCCUCCGUUCACCCGCCGCACUUCUUCUUCACCUACCGCAUCAGGAUCGAGAUGUCGAGCGGCGCGUCGCCCGACGCCGCGUGUCAGCUCGACAGCCGCUACUGGAAAAUCACCACGUCUGACGGAAACAUGGAGGAGGUCCAAGGGCCCGGCGUGGUCGGAGAGUUUCCGGUCCUGACUCCAGGAAAGGUGCACGAGUACGCGAGCUGCACCACCUUCUCCACGCCGUCAGAGUACAUGGAGGGUCACUACACCUUCCACAGACUCGUGAAUAAAGAGGAAGUGUUCCAGGUGGCGAUUCCUCGCUUCCACAUGGUUUGCCCGCCGUUCAGAGAGCCGACGGUCAGAACGCGCAAAGCCACGCCCACCGCUGUGCCUCCUCGCCGCGACGAGGGCGACAGAGAGGACGACGAGGGCGGAAACUUCGGCGACCUCCGGGGAAUCAACAUGGCGGCGCUGGAGGGGGCGUGGUGCCCCCGACACAUCUGACCUCUGACCUCAGGAUUGAUGCACUGACUGCAGGGGAUUGUGGGAAAUGUAGUGGACUUUUCUCGCUGUUUCUCUUUCCUUUUUUUCCCCCCGUCUUAAUGUAAACCGCUCUGACAAGAUGGACGCCGCGGUAACCAUGGAGACGCUUUGUUUUUCACUUUUCUUUGAAAAGUCGGGAGCUUUUGUUUCCGCUGCAGGAACCGACCACUGAUCCAUCGCUUAUCGUUUUAAACGGACGACGUCUGUGACGGCGCCCUCUGCAGGAACACAGGGACGUGUGACAUCACUCAGUCACGUGUCGUUAGCAUCGUUAGCGUCCAGUUCCUGCGGUGGAAACCUAAGUGUCGGGCAGAGCCUGAACUAACUGGGCUUUUAUUUUGAAGGAGGCCUCUUCCUGUUUUUGUCUCCCCCUCCUCCUCCUCAUCAUCGUCGCUCUGCUGUGAUUGGUGGGUUCUGUUUAGGCUCAAUAAACAGGAAAUGCUCAUCGACGCCGACUCAUUGUCAACAGGAAAUGAUGUCAUCACUUUGGUCCCCAGGGACACUCCAGCGUCGUGAGUGGCUCGUGUUUUGACGUAGACUGUCGGGAACAAACGCAUUUGAACGUUGGUUUCUUCUUCUGUGUGUAAAUAAAUGUUUUUCACCGUGACGACCGUUAACUCUGGUGCAACUAAACUAAGCUAGCGAAAAAUUGUGUCAACAGAACGUAGCAUUAAGCUAUGACAAAAAACUUUACCAUAAAAGUACAGAACUGUAGCAAACGCUAACUGCUAACUGGCCAUAGUGGUUCAUGUUAUAAAUGCUAACUGCUUAGCAGCUACUACAUUAGCCACCGUGACCCCUUAGCAGCUACUACAUUAGCCACCGUGACUACUUAGUAGCUACAACAUUAGCCACCGUGACUACUUAGCAGCUGCUAACUGGCCAUGGUGGCUCAUGUAAUAAAUGCUAACUGCUGAGCAGCUACUACGUUAGCCACUAUAGCAGAAAUAGAUUAACCUAGCUUGACUAAAAAGACUUCAGAGCCCUUCACAAUAAAAGCGUCAUCCUUGACGUAACAAACUUUAUUUAAAAAACUUUAACAGACAAAUGUGAUGACGAGUAAAAAUGUAAAGGUGGUGUAAAAUAAAGGAUGACAUCACAGGUCA